GCUGCACCGGUAGGGGGCGCUGUGGCGGGAGAAAGCAGGCCGAGCUUCAGCAGCUGAACCUCACUGCCCUUCCAGCAGCAUCUCACCUUCAACCGGCCGGACGCGCAGACGAGACGAACCCGAACCGGAGCUCCAGAACAAAGCAUCAGGACGCGACCAGCACCAGAAGAAGACUCAUCCCAUAAUGUAGGGGGUCGUCCUGCGUCUUUUUAACAUCUAAUCUGAGCCUGCCCGCCUCACUGCGACACGGAAACAACAUCCAGCUGCGUAUAAAUUCAUCCCAGCCUCCCUCAGAUUGCAAGGAUAAAAACAUCCACGUCCCCUCUGAGGCUUUUUACGCGUCAAAGGACGGACAGAAUCUGCGCGCAUCUCGUCUCCAGAUCAGGCCUCUCAGCCUCUCAGCCUCCAGCAGCAUCUUCCUCCUCCUCCUCCUCCUCCAAUCUGCGCCAUGGCCGACGUCCCAGCGGAGUGCAACAUCAAGGUGCUGUGUCGCUUUCGUCCCCUGAACCAGGCGGAGAUCCUCCGCGGGGACCAGUUCGUGCCCAAGUUCCAGGGAGACGACACGGUGCUGGUGGGGGGGAAGUCCUACAUGUUUGACCGUGUGUUUCCGACCAACACCACCCAGGAGCAGGUCUACAACACCUGUGCCAAGCAGAUUGUCAAAGAUGUGCUGUGUGGAUACAAUGGCACUAUCUUCGCAUAUGGACAAACUUCCUCCGGGAAAACUCACACCAUGGAGGGCAAGCUACACGACCCUCACCAGAUGGGCAAUCCUCGCAUCGCUGAGGACAUCUUCAACCACAUCUUUGCUAUGGAUGAAAACCUGGAGUUCCACAUCAAGGUUUCCUACUUUGAAAUCUACAUGGACAAAAUCCGUGAUCUUCUGGAUGUGACGAAGACCAACCUGUCCGUUCACGAGGAUAAGAACCGGGUGCCGUACGUGAAGGGAUGCACCGAGCGCUUCGUCUCCAGCCCAGAUGAAGUCAUGGACGUGAUCGACGAGGGAAAAUCCAACCGCCACGUCGCUGUGACCAACAUGAACGAGCACAGCUCUCGCAGCCACAGCAUCUUCCUGAUCAACAUCAAGCAGGAGCACGUGGAGACGGAGCAGAAGCUGUGUGGAAAGCUCUACCUGGUGGACCUGGCUGGCAGCGAGAAGGUCAGUAAGACCGGAGCUGCAGGAGCCGUCCUGGAUGAGGAAAACAUCAACAAGUCUCUUUCUGCUCUGGGAAACGUCAUCUCUGCUUUGGCCGAGGGAACGAAAAGCCACGUUCCGUACCGUGACAGCAAAAACCGCAUCCUGCAGGACUCCCUGGGAGGAAACUGUCGCACCACCAUGUUCAUCUGCUGCUCCCCCUCCAGCUACAACGACGCCGAGACCAAGUCCACGCUGAUGUUCGGACAACGUGCCAAGACCAUCAGGAACACCGCCUCCAUCAACCUGGAGCUGACGGCUGAGCAGUGGAAGAGGAAGUACGAGAAGGAGAAGGAGAAGAACAAGAGCCUGAAGGACACCAUUCAGAAGCUGGAGACUGAGCUGAACCGCUGGAGGAACGGAGAGGACGUCCCUGAGACGGAGCAGACCACUGCAGACAUGGUGACCCGCAUCGAGUCGGUGGAGGACCGUCCCAUCCUGGACAACGACACGUCCUCCAUCGUGGUUCGCAUCUCGGAGGAGGAGCGGCAGAAGUACGAGGAGGAGAUCCGCAAGCUGUACAAGCAGCUGGACGACAAGGACGAUGAGAUCAACCUUCAGUGCCAGCUGGUGGAGAAACUGAAGCAGCAGAUGUUGGACCAGGAUGAGCUCCUGGCCUCGUCCCGCGGUGACGGCGAUAAGGUCCAGGCUGAGCUGGGCCGGCUGCAGGUGGAGAGCGACUGCGCCAAGGCCGAGGUGAAGGAGGUGCUGCAGGCGCUGGAGGAGCUGGCCAUCAACUACGACCAGAAGAGCCAGGAGGUGGAGGAGAAGGGGCUGCAGAACCAGCUGCUGGCCGACCAGCUGGCCCAGAAAAUGGCCAGUCUGAUGGAGCUGGAAGCAGAGCUGUCUCGUAUGCAGGAAAGUGAGCGGUCAGCAGAGAAGCGUAUCGCUGACGUCCUCAACGGGCUGAUGAGGGACCUCAGCGAGUUCAGCACCAUCGUGGGCAACGGGGAGAUCAAGCUGCCGGUGGAGAUCAGCGGCAUCGAGGAGGAGUUCACCGUGGCUCGUCUCUACAUCAGUAAGAUCAAGUCGGAGGUGAAGAGCAUGGUGAAGCGCUGCCGGCAGCUGGAGAACAUGCAGCUGGAAUGCACCGGCAAGAUGGAGGAGACGGGCAGGGAGCUGUCCUCCUGCCAGCUGCUCAUCUCUCAGCACGAGGCGAAGAUCCGUUCUCUGACGGAGUACAUGCAGAGCGUGGAGCAGAAGAAGAGGCUGCUGGAGGAAAGCCACGACUCCCUGAGCGAGGAGCUGGCCAAGCUGCAGGACCAGGAUAACUCCAUCAUGGAGGAGAAGGAUGGAGAGAAAGGAGAGACCGAGGACGGAAAUGUGAAGAAAACGAUGCGUCAGCAGAGCGACACUCACCGCGGCCUCCAUCACAAGCAGCUGGCCCGCCUCCGGGACGAGAUCAACGAGAAGCAGAGGAUCAUCGAUGAGCUCACAGAUCGUAACUCCAAGCUGGAGCUGGAACUCGCUCAGGUUCGCGCCGACUUUGAGCGUCUGAAGAGUCAGGACAGCACCAAGAGCGAGCGCCUGGAGGAGCUCUCAUUCCUGCAUGAGCGCCACGAGCAGACCAAACAGGACUUGAAGGGUCUGGAGGAGACCGUCGCCCGCGAACUCCAGACCCUCCACAACCUGCGCAAGCUGUUCGUUCAAGACCUCACGUCGCGGGUUAAAAAAAGUUCCGAAAUGGAACCUGAUGAUAGCGGGGGGUCUUGCACCCAGAAGCAGAAGAUUUCCUUUCUUGAGAAUAACCUGGACCAACUUACAAAGGUUCACAAACAGCUGGUUCGUGACAAUGCAGAUCUGCGCUGUGAGCUUCCAAAGCUGGAGAAACGUCUUCGGUCUACUGCUGAGAGAGUUAAGGCCCUGGAGACUGCACUGAGGGACGCCAAGGAAGGAGCCAUGAUGGACCGCCGCCGCUACCAGCAGGAGGUCGACCGCAUCAAAGACGCCAUGAGGGCCAAGAACGCCCUGAGGCGCCCCCAUGCAGCACAGAUCGCCAAACCAGUGAGACCAAAGCAGCUGCCGGUUUGCUCUCCCACCAACCCGUUCUACACCUACAUCCGAGCCACCGAACACGCCAACACCUACAGCAACGCCCUGUUCCAGAGCAACGUGACGCAGCAGAGCUCGUCUGGCGCCAACAGCAACCCCAACUCUGUCCAGAGCAACACAGUUUCCACAGCGCUGGGCUACAGAGCAGGAAGGUAUAACGGCGACAUCCUGGAGUCGUAUCCUCUCAACAUCGACAACGGUAACAGCAUCAGUGAAAGCAGAGACAUCAAUGAUAACAGGAGUGACGUUCACUGCGGCAGUGAGGUGGAUGAUUCAAACAGGCACUACAUCAUUCAGCAGGAGACUGCUGCAAGUUAGUGCCAUGAAGACGACCAAACACUGUACCUGUCUGAGGACCCUCCCCUCCCGUCUGCAUGCAGCCCGUCCCCCCGUCCCUCCACCACCAUGAAGAUGAAGAUCUGUAGCCCUGUAGUCUCUGAUUAGAUGACGCCCCUCCUGCUCCUAUGGUGACCACUCUUGCCCUCAGGUUUGGAGUCCAGUCCCUUCCAGUUCCAUCAGUGCAGGAAGUCGAUUAAACCGUUUUUUUUAAAUGACUGAGCAUCCACUAAAUCAACCCUCUGGUCCCUCGCCGUCACCAGAUACCCCUGCUGUUGAUUACCCCCUGUGGUGUUUGAACUGAAAGUGGACGGGCCCCAUCCCUGAUCACUCAGUACACAUGUUGUAAAUAAUAGCGCCGUACGCUCCGGUAGAGGUUUUUUGACCAGCAACUGUUUGUGUGAACGCACAGCCGCCCCCAUCGCCUGCACACCUCCUUAAGGGCAUCGUGUGGAUGACGUGCUGGAGGCAGACGUGACCUUUUUCUCCGCCGUAAAUAAGAGUGCAGCGCCUAACACCAGCUUGUAACAGAAGAUCUGCGUGCAUGUCGCUUAGCGGGUUAGCUUUCAAACCUUUGCAUGUGUCGUGAUUCCAGCGGGGAGAAGGUAUGCUGCCACUGAAGUCUGAUGGACUUCGACAGAUGCCAGAGAGAGAAACCUGUUUCCCCUCCAUCCCGAUCCCGCUCUCAGCUCUUCGGAUCUUCUAUUUUAAAGUAGAUUUGAAUCCAGGACUGGGUUGUGGUGAUUUAAAGACAGGAAAAACUAGCUCAACUUUUAGUUUAAAUCAGGGGUGUCAAACUCAUCUUAGUCCAGGUUCCACAUUUAGUCCAGUUUGACCUGAAGUGGAUUAUAACCUAUAAAUAACCACAACUCCCAAUGGUUCCGAUGUUUCAGUGCAUAAAACUUCAUAUUUAAUUCACUAUCUUUCCACAAAACAUCACGAACAACCUCAAAUUUAUGAAGAAGAAUAAAUUCAUUUUCAGCAACAUUCAGCCUCAGUUGAUCAAAACCAGAAAAGUCAGACCAAAAAAAAAGACAAAAAAACAACUAAAACAAGACAAAUAUUACAAAAAUGACACACAAAAGGACAAAAGGAACAAAGAACAAUCUAGUAAUUUACUUACAAAUGUCAAAAAUCAGAAAAACAAAUGACAAAAGCGUGAAACAAAGCAACAAAAACGCGACACAAAACAACGAAUAAAGCAAAAAGCAAAAUGACAAAAAUGAGACAAAAGACACAAGCGAGACAAGAAGGAAACACAAAAAUGUGGAACAAAAUGACAAAAACAUGAGACAAACGAUAAAAGUCAGACAAGAAAAGACAACAAAAACAAUCUAGUAUUUCACUUUCUGAUCCAAACAACUUGUCACGGUCUGGAAAUGAUUUUAAAAUUAUAGUUUUACUAAUUUCCAAUCUGCAGUUAAUGUCUUCUCUGUAAUUUUUACACUCUGAGGGCCGGAUUGGACCCUCUGGAGGACCACUUUUGGACCACGGGCCUCAUGUUGGACACCCCUGUUUUAAUAGACAAAGAGUCGUGUGAGAGAGCCCGGUCUGUAUGGAGGAAUCAUUGUGAAGUCGCCACUGUAAAUCAAAGAUGCCCACAUUUAUUAACGUCUUCUUACUGAGCCUUAACCAGAGCUGAAGUCUCCCAGUCAAACUAGCGUCUAGCAUCUGUAAUUACUACCUCUAGAGCUGCUCAUUAAACGCCACUACUGCAGUGUUCUAAUCCUGGAGUUUAUACUGAAAGCUUAGAGAAGCGAUGCCUGUCAGUAGAUUUAGACGCUCCUAUCACAGCUGUAGUGAUCCUCCCACACAUACCUUCUCUCUCCGUCGUGUUUUAAGAUCAGAGUUAACGGUGCUCGGGAGAAUUUCUUUAAGAAGAAGAGUAACGGAAGGUUUUAAACUUUAAGGCUGAAUUUGUCUGUCUCUCAGUUUUUAGUUGUAAACAUAAUUAAAGUCACUUUUUAGGACUGUGAGGAUAAUAUCCGGUGGUUUUAGGGAGUUUUUAGAGGUGAGUUUCCAGCUGAGCAGCCACCAGUCUGGGAAACUAUUCAUCGGGUCGUACUGCUGUUCUUCUGCUACGAAUCCUGACCAGCCAAUCAGGAUAGAAGAAAGCAGCACGUCUUAGAUUGGAGAUGAAGGAUCAAUGAACUGAAUUGAAGGAGGAAUUAGCGUACAAGCGUGUAGCAAAACAACCAACAUGUACAUGCAAGAAAGAGUUCUUUUUAGAUUUAAUUUCAUCACAUUUUCAUCAGAUUUGAUUUAAGUGGAUGUGAUUUGACUCCUCAGAGUGUAAUCGAGCAUCGUAAAUGUUACAUUUUGUUUUCAAACAUGUUUGUAAAGUGUUGUAGGUUUUAUUCUUCAACAGUAGGAGAGUCAAACUCAUCUUAGUCCGGGUUCCACAUUCAGUCAGUCUCAUCUCCAGUGACCAGUAAAAUCACAGCAUAAUAACCUAUAAAAACAAGACGAACUAUUACAAAAAAUGAGACACAAAAUGACACAAAACAAAACAGAAAAUUAGACAACACGUUACAGAGCCACAAAAAAUGAACAAACGACAAAAGCGAGAGGAAAAAAUGACAAAAACGCUACGUGAAACAAUGAAGAAUCAAGACACAAAAUGACAAAAAUGAGACAAAAGACACAAGCGAGACAAAAAGGAAACACAAAACGACAAAAACGUGAAACAAAAUGACUAAAAGCUAGACAAACAACAGAAGUCAGACAAGAAAAGACUAAAGAACAACAAAAACGAGACAAAAUGUUGCGAAAGUUAAACCCAAAACGACCAAAAUGAGAGAAGCAACACAAAACAAAACGACAAAAAGAGACAAAACGACCAAAAAAUGGACACAUACAGGACCAAAAAUGACAAAAGCGAGAGACAAAAUGACAAAAAAUAGACAAACAACACAAGCUAGGCAAAAAAAAAACACAAAAUGACAAAAACAUGAGACAAAAUAUUACAAAAAUGAGACACAAAACAACAAAAGAACAAUCUAGUAUUUUACUUUACGAUCCAAACAACUUGUCAUGGUCUAGAAAUGAUUUUAAAUUUAUAGUUUUAUUAAUUUACAAUCUGCAGUUAAUGUCUUCUCUGUAAUUUUUACCCUUUGAGGGCCGGAUUGGACCCUCUGGAGGACCGCUUUUGGCCCACGUGCCUCAUGUUGGACACCCCUGCUGUACAGAACCGUCUCUUUCUUUCCUGUUGCUCUCGCUGGCAUUAACGACAUCUCAGGGCUUCACAUUCACGCCUCCAUCGUUUUCCUCCUCAAACGUGGUGAUUUUUUCCAUCAGGUCGGUUUGUCCUGUUCAAGGCUCAGCAGAGGAAGAGAAAACACAGAAAAUACUGUACAUAUAAAGCCUUUCCAUCCUGACCCUGCUGUACGCGUCCCUGCAGACCCUCUGUCAUGUUUUAAGUGUAAUAAACCUGAAUUAUGGGGGGAGUGUGUACUAUAUCUGUCUGAUUUCAACAUAUCUUAAAAAAUACCUGUGCUAUAUAUUGUUAAUCUUGUAAGUACGAUAAUAACAGCGUGAGACGCAGAGGGAAAGGUGCACGCUGGCUUUGUUCAGAGAAAUGUUUGUUUGAUUUCUUUCUGUAUGCCUAUACUGUAGCGUCAGACAUGAUUACUUCUGUAUAUAUCCUGUAGACUCAUCACUAUGCUGUACUGGAUGUGAACCACUGUGCUGUAGUAAAACCUUCAAUAAACUUGUAGAAAGGA